AUCUCUGGGGGCCUCCUCUGGAUCCUGAUGGCAUCCUUGAAGGUCCUGGAACCCAUGUUGCAAGGCUGGGUGAUGUUUGUUUCUGUAUUCUGCUUCAUCAUGUCCACCACCCUCCUGUGCAUCUACAUUUGUAGGGUGCACAGGGGCAGCAGUUCCUGGGUUACCUUGGUAAAUGUCAUCUGCCAGGAGACAGCAGCUCUGUUCUACCUCAGUGCCGUUAUGUUGGAAGCCUACUCGACUUAGAUCACUGGCUUGUUGCCCCUAAUGCACAUCUACAGGGAGAACAUUGCUGCUGUGUUUCCACACCAUAAUGAGCGAGUCUAG